GUGCUGGCGGCAAGUGCUGGGAGCCGGGGCUGGUGCCUCCUCCCUCUCCUCCUCCUCCAUUGUAUAAUGCUGCGUGAUCGCAGCCGCCGGGGCAGAGCGGAGGCUUAAAUCCUCACGCCGCCUGCGCCUGCCACCUCCUCCUUUGCCUCCUUCUUCUCCUCCUCCUCCUCCUCCUCCUCGUUCUCCUCCGCAUCCCACCCGGCCCCUCCCCGGAGCGGCGCGGCGAGGGAGCGACAUAUGGAGCUGCUCUAGGGCGAGAGUUUGCGACCUCCCCUCCCCUCCAUGCGUUAGUUCUCAGGUGGAGCUGCAUGUGAUAUAUGUUGGGGAAAGGAGGAAAGCGGAAGUUUGACGAGCAUGAAGAUGGGUUGGAAGGCAAAGUGGUAUCUCCUACUGACGGUCCCUCUAAGGUGUCUUACACCUUACAGCGUCAGACUAUCUUCAACAUUUCCCUUAUGAAACUUUAUAACCACAGGCCAUUAACUGAGCCAAGCUUGCAAAAGACAGUUUUAAUUAACAACAUGUUGAGGCGAAUCCAGGAAGAACUCAAACAAGAAGGCAGCUUAAGGCCCGUGUUCGUGACCGCUUCGCAGCCUGCCGACCCUCUCAGCGACAACUUCCGCGAGGCACAGCCGGCGUUCAGCCACCUGGCCUCCCAGCCCCUUCUCCCCACUGACUUCGUAAGCACUAUGCCCCUGGAGUCCUGCCUCACCCCAGCCUCUUUGCUCGAGGAUGACACUUUUUGCACUUCCCCAACUGUCCAGCACGAUGGUCCCUCGAAACCACCACCUCCUGCUCUCCAACCAGUAAAGGACAGCUUCUCCUCAGCCCUGGAUGAAAUCGAGGAGCUUUGUCCAGCACCUACCUCCGCAGAGGCAGUAGCAGCCCAAGCAGCAGCCGAUGACUCUAAAGAUCACCCCAGCGAGUCCAGUGUCCAAAAGCCUGAGGGCCUCCCGGAGAGCAGAACGGCUGAAUCCAAACUCAUGGACUCCCUACCUGGCAACUUUGAGAUAACAGCUUCCACAGGGUUCCUCACGGACUUGACCCUGGAUGAUAUCCUGUUCGCUGACAUUGAUACGUCCAUGUAUGAUUUUGACCCCUGCACGUCUGCCACGGGGGCUGCCUCAAAAAUGGCUCCUGUCUCAGCAGAUGAGCUCCUAAAAACACUUGCUCCGUACAGCAGUCAACCAGUAACUCCAAAUCAGCCUUUCAAAAUGGACCUCACAGAACUGGAUCACAUCAUGGAGGUGCUCGUUGGGUCUUAAAGCAUAGAAAUAUAGCAAAUUUUUUUUUGUUGUUUUAAUUAUUUUAAGUACCAAUAUAUACACUCGGUAGUAUUUCCAUAGUCCCACCCCCAAUUCACAGCACUGUGCAUGCGUCCUUGCUUGCCUUUUUGGAAGAGAAAAGGAUCACACUAGUUUUUGCUUCAAGCAGAGUUGGAGUGCCUUCAUCCAUGUCUGACCACUUCUAAUGUAUUUUUGUUAAAGUGGUUCCUCAAGGAAGACCGAAUAUCCUGGGAUAGGGAAGAAUAUGUAUUGUAGACAAUGGGAUGUUACUACAAAAAAAAUAAAAAAGAGAGAAAAAAAUGGGAAAAAAACUAUGUCAAAGCUAAGCACAAGGAUUAUGUUGGGGAAAGCUGUAAAUUGCAUGUGCAUAUUUGUCUAUUUUUUCUAUAAGUUUUAUUGCAAGAGGUAAAGAAGAUUUUAUUAUUUAGAUAAUCUCAAUACCAUUUUAGCCCUGUCUAGGUUGACUUAGCAAUUCAGCCUUUCGGAGGCAUUAACCUGCUCCUCUUUAAGUGUUGCAUUUACAUGGCUGUUUAGAAACUGCUGCCCAAAUUUAUUUUAUAUUUUUGUACAGAUUCUGCAGUUUAUGAUAUUGUUUUUUCUAAAAAACAAAUGCUGUUUAUACACACAAAAAAUAGCUAUUUUGAUAGGAUUUGCUCACAUAGUUCCUGCAUAAUUCAGAUGUACAAGAACCACUUGUACUUUUAUACAGAGUUGUAAUGUUUUAUAUGUGUAUGGUGCAAAGAGAAAAUUGGAUCAAAUAAGCCUGCAGUCGGUUUCCCUGAAUGCAAACAACCAACCAACCAAGUGCUUUAAGAAAGGGCUGGGAGCUGCUUCUGUCGGAGUUUCACAAGUGUUUGCUCCCUGCUGUACCCACUGCGCACUACUGUGAUUCCUGAAACUUAGAGCCAUGUCCUUUUCCAACACGUAUGUGAAGCAGUUGGCAGGAAACAGUUGUGGAACUUCACCCGGAGAGGUCCUGAGCACCACCACCGCGGCUCCAGCCUCCCCGCUCCGGUGUCCCCUUGCUGGGGCAUCGCAUCCAGUCUGUCCCUUGUGAUGUGGAGCGCCUUAACACAGCGGCAGAUCAGCACUUCCUCACCUGAAGGUGAGGAAUUCCUCACUCCUGGGAAUGAAUGGUUUUGAGGGGGAACGUGCCCGUUGCCCACCGAGAGCCAGCUCUCAACCUUCGUGACCGACGGGCGUUUGAGCGGAGCGGGCAGAAGACUGGCAUUGACAGCAUCCACUCGCCCUUUCUUGGAGCAUUUCUCCUUCCCUCUCCCCACCUCACUGUGCUAAGUGCUGAAAAAGGCAACUUCAGUAUUACUGCAGUGAAGCUCAUCUCUUAACCUGCACUGGAUGGACUUGCUUUAAUAUCCAUUGCUGUUGAAACUGGAGCCAGUCGUGUUGCAUCACUUGGCAUCUCGCGUAGGGUUGGUUUCUUGUAUCAACUGUGUUACCUGCUUUACACUUUAUAGACCCGUUUUACAAGAAAUAUACAGACACAGCUUUCUAUGCAUGGUCCCGUUCCCCCCAACACCUGAGAAGUCUUCUCAUUACUGCACCAAUAGCAUUUUUUAAGUUCCUUGUGGUGUACAUUUAAUUUAAGAACCUAUGUUUGCAAUGUAUCAUGCCUAUUGCUGAAGUUGCUAUGGCAUUUUAGUUUUCCAAUGGUACUUUAGCUGUUGAGUGCCGGUUACAACCUAUAUUGUUGACAUGCCUAUGGCUUCUUUAGGAAUAACUUUUCUAUUUAUUUAAGAAAUUUUAAAUUAUGUUUUACGUCAUUUGGCAAUAUUCAGUCCAUUCUGCUCCCUUCUUGUCAUGGAUGAAAUUGGGUCUCGCCUGCCUUGUGAGGAGGCGGCUUUUUAUAGAUUGGCACUUUAAACCAGGCCAUAUGUAUUUAUUAGUAUCUAGAUAGAUGUAACUUGGAUGUGUGCACAGACACAGUAUGAGAGCAAGUACGGUUUGCAAUGAAGGAACUCCUAAUGGAAAUGCGUCAUCUACAAGUACAAAACGUGCUUCUGGCUCCUAAUUCAUCUGCCAGGGUGAGAUGUGGGGCUGUGGGAAAUAACUAAGGGGGUGGGUUUGCUUUCUUCUUUUUCCCAAGCUGAACUCAGUGGAGCAAUGGAUUUGAAGUAGUUUCCUUACAUAGACUUAAAAUAGUAAGUUAUUGUUUCAACCAGAACACCAUUGACCAAGUGUAGCUUUAGGGACCAUCAGAAAUGUGGGGUGGGAGGUGGGGUGGCAGUUCCAUCUCACACCCAGCAGCCUCUAGGCCUUGCUCAGCUGCAGCCCCUGUAGGAAAACAAAGAGCCCUGUUGGAUUCUGCACCUCCUGGAGCUGGAGUAUCUGGGAAAACAUGGGCAGUGCUCUCAAUGCUACCAAGUUUCCCAUGGUAACUUGGUAAGCACUUGCCUUACCAUGGUUAAAAACUGAUCUGCAGCGUGCUGGAGCUGCCUGGUUUUGGGAUUCCUUAUGCAUUUAAGCAAAUAUCAUAUGCCAGGCAAAAGUUGACAUCAAUCCCAUUUUGGAGAGCUGUGCUGUCAAGUGGGGUUAGUUGCAGCUUUUGUAUCCAGAGGGCAGGAGCCAAUCUCUGAAUCCACUCUUCCACACAGAAGAUGAUGUCUGUGUAUCCUUGGUGCUGAAGCACAUGUCCUGUAGCAGAAUCCAUAGAGGAAUCCCAUAGGAUAUAACCUAUGGGACUGGGCAAAAGGUUAGCAAGGUAGUGCAUGCUACAGCGGGAAAGGCUCAGCUGUGGCUUUGUCCCCAUGCAGUCACUUACUGUCUCUAGUGUGGCCUUUGCCAUGGUCCUAACAGCAGAACAGCAGCCACGUGUGGAAUUUCUCCACAGCAGGGAUGGACAUUGACAUUGAUGUGCAAUGAAGUGACAAGGUGGGAGCAGAAUAAAAGAGCUUUGGAUUUGAAGUGAUUUUUUUUCAUAAAUUAUUUAUUCUUUUGUUUCCUUCUGUAAAUAUAUUUAUUUUAUUGUGAAGCUAACAACAUCUGGAUUGUAACAUGUACAGAAUGUAUGGUAGGAAUGUAUCCUCUUGUAGGAAUGUAAAUCUCUAUGGAAAAGGGUGUGGGAGCCAGAUUCAGAGAACAUGAAUUGAGUUCCAGUCAGGAUACGCAUGGUUCAACGCGAGUAUUUUUGUAACUCCCCCCACUCCUUUUCUAAUAUGGGUCUGGUUGUUUGAAAUAUGCAAAAAAAGGUAUGGAUGAGGGACAGUUUUAGGUUCAAAAUUCAUCCUAAUCAGGCUCCUACCCUGUCCCCGCUGGUGGCGUCCACAGCAGGAGGCAGGAGCUAACGCAUCGUCCCCGUCGCGCUGGCCUGGUUGAUGUUUGACAAAGGGGAAUCUCUCUGUCACCCACGGGAAGCCCAGCUACAGUCCUGGGGCUGGAGAGCAUCCCAGGAUGUCCCCUUCAGCCCUAGAAGCGGUGACGGAGCCACAACCACCUCAAUGCCAGAAGGUGAGGCCAGGCACGAAGGCAGGACCGCGCUGUGCACGUGUGGCAGAGGGUUCAAGCCACCUGCACUGCCCCGUGCGUCCGACCAGCCCGUCCUUGGACACCACAGCCCCGUAUGCAAAGGAAGGGGAACGUCCCUCUUGAAGAGCAGUGUCACAGAGAACUGCACCAGUGGCACCUUCCUUGCGGGCAGCGAGGAGAGCAUCGCGGUAGAGCCACAGUCUGAAGCAAUCACUGCGAGAGUAAAUCUGGACCUUGUGAAAGGUAGUUUGGUUUGUCCUCGAUGCUGUGUGGUGACAGCCUGGGUUGUUUGAAAACCAGGGUUUGAACCCUGGAGUUUGUGCUUUUAUCACCAUUAAAUUGAGUCAAUCGCAACGGGUCCUGUCUGACAAACGGUUUCAUUCACCCCAGCACAUUGUGAACUUCUUGUUCUUGUUACAGGGUUUCUUUCGGUUUGGGUUUGGUUUUGUUUUCUCCCCCCAUCAGGUUUCAGGAUCCUGCUUCUGUGCAAGUUGCUUUCAGUGCUUCUGUUAAUGAAUGAGACUGAACAGUGUUGAAGAAAUUCGUUCUUUUUUAAGCACUUUUCCUUUUCUUGAUGAUUUCUUUUUCCCCCUGAAAACAAAGCAAGUUCCGGAACCUCUUGACACACACCAAUUGCAGAUAAAAUCCCAACCUCAACUCCCAUCUAGUUCUGAGCGUUAUCCGUACGAGCGCCUGGAGGGGCCAGGAUUCUGGAUAAAGUGUAAAUAGUGUGACAUGUUCAGUGCAUGGAUUUUUGAACAGGGCUUGUUAUUGUCAAAAAAAAGAGAAAAAUAUAUAAAAAAAAGAAAAAAGGCUGUAUUUCCCCUUCCCCUCCCACAGACCUUAGAGCUGUGCCUUUUCUAUGCAAUAUUACAGACAUAUACAUCUGAAACCAGAUUACUGUAUUCACAUGUAGGUAUGGGCUGUAAUCAAAAAACAAUUGGACAAAUGUACAUGGAAAUGAGCAGUCUUACUUUUGUAGUUUUAUAUUAUACAAUAAACAAUUAAAAUAAA